AUGAUGGAUUUCCGAUACUUUCGAUGCGUUAUGAAGAGAGAGUGGAAGUGUCCAGACAGUGAGAUUAAUUUCUUCAUGUAUACCCCAGAACAUCCUCACAAACAUUUCAUAGAUCCUCGAUAUCCGAAACUGCUUCGUGAUUUUGGAUGGAAGAAGACGAGAAAGAAUGUCCUCAUCAUUCACGGCUUCAACGGCACAUACUCCAAAACUCCAAUGACUUUUAUUAGAGAUGCUUACCUGUCUCGCAAGGAUUACAACGUGUUUAUGGUGGACUGGUCGGUGCUGACACGGUUUCCUUGUUACCUUUCUGCACUGUCUAAUAUGAAGAAGACAGCUCAGUGUACAGCUCAGCUAUACUCAGCAAUCACUCAAGCUGGAGGUCUAGCGAAGAUGACCACCUGUGUGGGCCACUCUUUGGGCGCUCAUAUCUGCGGCAUGAUCUCUAACCAUCUCACUGAGAAACAGUACAAAAUUGUUGGACUAGAUCCAGGUAGACCACUAGUAUCAGCGUAUGGAUCUCGUCAAUUUAGACUGGGUAGGGAUGAUGCCUACGUGGUGCAUGUAAUGCAUACUAAUGCCGGUUUCCUGGGGGAAGACGGUCAAGUCGGCCAUGCUGACUUCUGUGUCAAUGGUGGAAGAUUACAGCCUGGUUGCAAGGGGCAUGCUAUGCGUAUAGCCCGUUGCAGUCACUUCAUGGCGUCCUGUUACUUUGCCGCGAGUGUGAGAAAAAGAAGACGCCUGGUCGGUAUACCAUGUGACAGUACGUGUCCUAAGGAACGAGGGCAUUGGGGCAUCAGAUUCGAUAGGAAAGCUGUGGUGCUUGGUGAAGAAGUUCCUGAUAUGGCCCGAGGAAUGUACUGCGUUAGUUUUGAACACAAUGAAGAUUGUCCAUUUGACUGA